AUGCUGGAGACGGAUGCUGAGAAGCCGGGGCAGAUGCACUCGGAGGAUGGGAAGAUAGCAGCGGGUGACGCUCCUCAGGCCACAGAGGCACCGGCUCCGGCUGAGCCGUGGGAGGCUCUGGGAGCCACCAAGGAUCCUCUCCUGGCAGAAAAGCAGCCGGUGGCCACUGAAAAGGGAGAGGAGCAGCCCAGCUCCCUGGCAGCCUUUGUCAUCCCUGAGCUGCGGCUCGACAGCACCUUCAGCCAGAGUGUGGCGGGCAUGGUGGGCAGCACCACAGAUGGCGAGGAUGAGGAAGAGGAGGAGGAUGAGGAAGAGGAAGAUGACGAUGAGGAGAAUGAGGAGGAGGAGGACAGCGACGAGCACUACUUGGAGAGGAACGAGGCGAAGCGCAGCAGCAUGAUCGAGACGUCGGGCUGUCAGCCUGUCUACACGCUAAGCGUGCAGAGCUCCCUGCGGCGCCGGACCCACAGCGAGGGCAGCCUGCUGCAGGAGGCCAAGAGCCAUUGCUUCACCUCCGACACCACCCUCAACUGCUCGGACAGCCAGGGCACCAAGGGCCACUGGGCCCUGCCCUCCCCCAGGACCCUCAAGAAAGAGCUCGCCAAAAACG